GCCCGCAGCUGCCCAGCAGCGGGUGACGUCACGCCGCGAUGCUCGCCUCUGACCGGGCGGAGAAGCGGCGGAGCUCUGCGCGACCUGCGGCAUUGUUUACCUCAAAUCAAGAACCGGGGCGGCCGAAUCCCGCCGAACCGGAGCCCCGUCUUUAUGCGCAAAUGCGAGGAGCAGCGGCGGAAGGAGACGCUUCAUUUGGGAUCCUCCUCCUCCCGGCUACCAGCGGAGGAGGAUCGGUGUGAUUUGUGGGAGCGAAGUGAACCGCGUUAAGAUGGCAACCAGCGGCCGCUCCCGAGCUCCGUAGACGGGGGUGCAGCUCCAUGUGUCUUCACUAACGGAUCUAGAUGUGGUUCUGAGGUCCUCCUCAUCUCACCUGGGGAGUCACCAUGUCAGCAGCUCAGACACAGAAGGAGAACAAUGAAGUGGGCUGGGGGGGUCUGGAGGCUCUGGGUCUCAGCCAGAGAGAGCUGGUUUUGGCUGAAGCGCUGCAGAUGGAGUACGAUGCCCUCUCCAGACACAAACAGGACAAAAGUGGACCCAGCACAGAUCCAAGUGGUUCUUCGUCUCCUGGCCAGCCCCUCUCCAAAACCCAAAAUCCUUUUAUAGAGUGUCCCCAACCCUCCCUGAGCCAGCCUGUUCUUGAUCCAGCAGGAGGGAGUCAACCAAGAGAGCUCUUUGGAUCAAACUCCCCCCUAAACCAGCCUGGAGGGUCCCAGGCUCCACAAAAUCUUCCACCCAUGGUUCCCCCUAUUCAAGGAGGCUAUGUUAAAGACUCUCCAUACAUUUUGAGUCCUGAGAUCAGUAAAUCCAGCAACCUCUCAGGCUCCAGGCACAGAGACUUUGUGGGAUCUGGGUCUGGGUUUCUUUCCAAAGGCCCCGUUCCCCCCCCUGAUGAUAUUCCUCCCGCCAUUCCACCAAGAAACCCCAUUCCUCCGUCAUCAGGGUCUAGCAACCCCUUCUUACCCCCUCGAAGGUCUACUUCCCCCCGAGAUGUGAACCUAUUCAUGCCUGAUGUGGACCAGCCAAAAGUGACCUCAGAGGACCUGUGCUUUGACCACAUCAACGACUCGCUGUCCAGACUCAACGAGGCCCGGCCGGGAUCUCGAGCCCACAGGAAUAUGAGGGACCAUUCAGGAAAGCCUGUUGCACGGAGUCAAACCCUCCCUCCGCAGGUGCCACCCAGGACAUAUAUACCGGCUUUCAAGAGUAACAAGAACCAACGGCGGGUUUCUGUAGACCCGGUGUCCAUGAAUUCUCGUGCGAGUGGGUUUGGCUACGAGCUGUUCCAGGUGUCGGAGGAAAGGGAUGAAGAAGUGGCCGCCUUCUGCCACAUGCUGGACGUGCUGCGGUCGGCAUACCCGCACAGCGACCGCUCAAAGAACGCCGGCUUUGUAUGGUCGCCGUCUGUGGGCCACGACGAACUGCACCAGGCCCUUGGGGUGAGCGUGAAGGUGACGAUCAUCAGCGAGCACUUCAGGGAGCCACUCACCUUUACCUGCGAUGGUUCAUCAACAGUGGACCUGCUCAUCUACCAGACUCUCUGUUACGCUCAGGACGAUCUGGACCACCUGGAUGUUGAGGAUUACCUGCUGAAAGUCUGUGGACAAGAAGAGUUCCUCCACAACUCUCAGAGUCUGGCCGGUCUGGAGAUCGUCCAGCAGUGUCUGAAGUUCGACUGGGACAUUCGACUGUUCCUCACCAAGAGAUUGGCUGUCAACAGAGAGCUGGCUCGCACGAAGGAAGAUGAUGAUACCGCGUCCACCAUGAACCACAGCAUCCUGCUGCAGGAGCGACCAAUCAAACAGACUGUCACCAGGGAGGCUCUGACGCUCCUGCUUGACACGUUCCACAAUGAAGCCGAGACCUUCCUGCUGUCAGAGGUGGAGCUGGCUCUUCACGUGGAGCGUCUCGUCCAGUCAGUGAAGGCGCUCUGUAGCUCCCUGGCAGCCGUGGAGACGCCUGAGGUGACGGCAGCCCUCAACCAGCUCCCAGCAUGCCCUUGUCGCCUGCAGCCCAAAGUCCUGAAGGAUGCCUCAGUGCUGGCUGUACGAGAGAACAGAGAAAAAGUGGUGGAGAAGCUGACGGCCACCAUCUUGGAUCUGGUGGAGCUCUACUGCAGCACGUUUAACGCCAACUUUCACACGACGCCGCAGAGCCGCGGCUGCACGGCGCCGGUGCAGGAGGCCGGCCUCGUCAACAACGUGCUGUCCUUCAACGUGUACGCCGCCCACCGCAUCCCCAUCACCUGGGCUGCCAGCUACGAGGGCUUCUUCUUGUCCUGCUCUCUGACUCAUGGAGGGGCGGAGCUCUGCGCACCACAAAACACCAGCAAACAGGCUGUCAGCAAAUAUCUCUUCCAUCUGGUGGUGUGGGACCAGAGGGUGUGUUUUCCUGUUGAGAUCAACCAGCUGCCGCGGGAGUCUCAGCUGACCGUGACGCUGUACGCCACCCCGCUGCCGCCGCCUGGGGGAGCAGAGGAGAAGGGGAAGCAGCGGCGCAGCAUUGAGGCUCUUGGCUGGGUCACUAUGCCGCUCUUCAACUUCAGACAUGUGCUGACAUGCGGCAGGAAGUUGCUGGGUUUGUGGCCUUCUGCACCGGGGAGAAGCGGUAACGCCCGAACCAGUUCUCCCAACUUCAGCCAGCCGGACAGCGUGAUCCUGCAGGUGGACUUCCCCACCUCCUCCUUUGAGGUCUGCUUCAGCACCCCGGCCCCAGCAGACUUCUGUCCUCAGUACGAGUUCAAGAAACUGGACACCAUCAGUCAGAUGCAGCUCCAAGACGUUCUGCACAAGAAGGCUUUCUUCUGGUUGACAACAGACGACAAGCGGCUGCUGUGGGAGAAGAAGGCCUUCUGUCAGGGGGAGAGCGCAGCACUGCCGCUGGUCCUGGCCAGCGCCCCCUGCUGGCAGUGGGCGUGUCUUCCAGAGAUAUAUGCGCUGCUGCGGCAGUGGGCGUGUCUGAGCCACAUGGACGCUCUGGGACUGCUGCACGCCUCGUUCCCUGACCAGGAGCUGAGGAGGACGGCGGUCCAGUGGAUGGACUCCAUCUCAGACCCGGAGCUGCUAGACUUCCUGCCACAGCUAGUGCAGGCGGUGAAGUACGAGUGUUACCUGGACAGCUCUCUGGUCCGAUUCCUCCUUCGCAGAGCGAUUGGAGACAUUCGGAUCGCUCACUACCUCUUCUGGCUUCUGAAGGACAACCUGCAGGACAGUCAGUUCAGCGCCCGUUACCAGCACCUGCUGGCCGCCCUGCUGUGCUGCGUGGGGCGGAGUCUGAGGGAUGAGUUCGACCGACAGUGCUGGCUCGUCUCCAUCCUCACCAAAGUCGCCCAGAAAGUUCGCGACGCCACGGCGUCCAGCAGACAGGGUGUUCUCAGAGAGGCUCUGGAGGAGGUAAAGAAGUUCUUCCACCUGAACAGCAGCUGUAGACUUCCUCUGAAUCCGGCACUGGUCGUUACUGGAAUCAAGAUCCAGUCGUGUUCAUUCUACAACUCCAACGCUGUCCCGCUGAAGCUCUCCUUCCAGAACCUGGAUCCUCAAGGAGACAACAUUAAUGUCAUCUUUAAGUCAGGGGACGAUCUGCGUCAGGACAUGCUGACCCUGCAGAUUAUCCGCAUCAUGAACAAGAUCUGGAUCCAGGAGGGUCUGGACAUGAAGAUGGUCAUUUUCAAGUGUUUCUCCACAGGCCGAGGGCGAGGUAUGGUGGAGAUGAUUCCUCAGGCGGACACUCUGAGGAAGAUCCAGGUGGAACACGGAGUCACGGGAUCCUUCAAAGACCGAACGCUGGCUGACUGGCUGCAGAAACACAACCCCACUGAGGAGCAGUACGACAAGGCUGUGGAGAACUUCAUCUACUCGUGUGCCGGCUGCUGCGUGGCCACCUACAUCCUGGGCAUCUGCGACCGCCACAAUGACAACAUCAUGCUGAAGACCAGCGGUCACAUGUUCCACAUCGACUUUGGGAAGUUCCUGGGACACGCCCAGAUGUUUGGAAACAUUAAACGAGACCGCGCCCCCUUUGUUUUCACCUCUGACAUGGCGUUCGUCAUCAACGGAGGAGACAAACCGUCCAGCCGCUUCCACGACUUUGUGGAUCUUUGCUGCGAGGCGUACAACCUGAUCCGCAAACACGCACACCUGUUCCUCAACCUGCUGGGCCUGAUGUUGUCCUGUGGGAUUCCUGAACUGUCUGAUCUGGAUGAUCUGAAGUACGUCUACGACGCCCUGAGGCCUCACGAGACUGAAGCCGACGCCACCAUGUACUUCACCAGGCUGAUUGAAUCCAGUCUGGGCAGCGUUGCCACCAAACUCAACUUCUUCAUUCACAAUCUGGCCCAGAUGAAGUUCGCCUCAUCAGAGGAGCGCCCCACUCUGUCGUUUGCUCCCAGAGUUCACACGGCGAAGAGCGGCGGCGUCAUCAGGAGCCUGUACAUCUGCACACACAUCCGCACCUCCAACACCAGCAAAGGCUACGCAUAUGUGGUGAAGGUGGAGCGUGACGGUCAGGAGGCGCAGCUGGUUCAGAGGACAUUUGAGGAGUUUCAUGAGCUUCACUGCAAGCUGAGGCUGGUCUUCCCCUCAUCCAAGCUGCCCAGCUUCCCCAGCCGUUUUGUGAUCGGACGGUCCCGUAGUGAAGCAACAGCUGACAGGAGGAAGGACGAACUGAAUGGUUACGUGUGGCACCUGAUCCAUGCCGCACCAGAAGUGGCACAGUGCGACCUGGUCUACACUUUCUUCCACCCGCUGCCUCGGGACGACCGAGCAGUAACGACCAGCACCAAACCUGCAGAGAUAAUGUGGUCUGCGGCUUCAGGAAAAGAGCUGGGUGAAGUCAAACUCUCCAUCUCCUUCAAGAGCGAGAAACUCUUCAUCAUGGUGAUGCACAUCCGAGGACUGCAGCCCCUGCAGGACGGCACAGACCCAGACCCCUACGUGAAGCUCUACCUUCUUCCAGACCCCCAGAAGAUGAGUAAGAGGAAGACGAAGGCGGCGCGCCGCACCUGUAACCCCACCUACAACGAGAUGCUGGUGUAUGAGAGGAUCCCCCGGGGAGACCUGGACCAGCGCGUGAUCCACCUGCGGGUUCUGAGCGACGGCGCCUUCUGGGAGAACACGCUGCUGGGGGAGACCUUCAUCCAAUUGAACAGGCUGGUCCCGGGCCAGCACUGGGUGGACUGGCAUCGGCUGAACGGAGCAGGAUCAGACUCCGCCCAAUGAUGGACAGAACAGGUUCUCCUCUGGAGGACGCUACAGUAAAAGGAAGUCCUUUCAAAGUAAAACUCGGAUGGCUGUCAGUCCUCAGAAUGAGGGCUUUACCCAGACAACGAUGGCCCUGAUCCGUCGCCUUAGAUGUUUGUUUAUUGCAUUUAAAACAGCAAGAAUGUUUGAUGGACCAGGUUCAUCCCCUCAGUCUGACCACUGCUUUAACCUGAGAUUAGCUAAGUCGAACUAACCUUAUCUAAUCUGAACUUGAGUCAACAGAAACUCAAAAUGACGAGCUCUCUUCAUGUGAUGGCGUGUUUUGCGUCAUGCUACGUGUUCAAGGAGCAAAAGGAAGCAUUUAAGCGCUGUGAUGUCCCUCAUGGGCCAGCAGGGGGCGUAGGAGCCGAAGGAGCUGCUGCUUAGAGGAAAAAAAGGGACAAGGAAGAAGAGCACAAAGAAGGAAACUAGUUAUUUUUUACCUGCAGCAUUCAAGCAGCUGAUUGGCUCCAUGAGCUGCAAGAAAAACAUUCAGCUCAUAUGUUGUGCAUUUUGGAAAGUUUUGCGUCUGUGUGUCUGCCCCUUCGGGGGUCCAGGCUGCAAUAGACGAUGGACCGAAGCGGGUUUGGUGCGCCUUUUGGGUCAGAGGUCAGAGCAGCUUCAGAGCUCAAACACUUUACUCAGAGUCACUGUCAGAUCUGGGAUGUGAUCGGAUUGAUCCAAACUAGCAUUAAAAUAAAAGAGGGAGUCUCAGAAGCCCCGCCCACACGCCUCCACACAACAUUUUGAGUCCUGCUGCCGUCUUUGACCUCUGACCCUUUCUACAUAACUAGAUGAAAAUGUGACGAGUUUUUCUUUACUCACUGAACUUUUGCACUAAAGAAUAAACUUGAAGUGAAGAACAGAAA